AUGACACAGGCAAAGAAACUGACCUCACAACACACAGACACCGCCGCCCCACUCUCUCUCUCUCUCUCUCUCUCUCUCUCUCCUUUUUUACUUAUUCUGUUUUUUCGCUCUCUUCUAUUCAUCAUCUUUGUUUCACUCUUCCUUUUUGUUGCUCUCUCUUUUCCCCCUCUUUUUACUACCUCUCUAAUUUCCUAUUCAACUUUUUCUCACCCUGAAAUUCUUUCAACACGCUAUUUUCUGCUCCCUCCCUAUGCAUCUCUCUCUCUCUCUCUCUCUCCCUCUCUGUCUUCUCUCCCUUUUCCUCUCUCUCUCUCUCUCUCUCUCUCUCUCUCUCUCUCUCUGCUAGAAAGACACACGAAGAAAAUAAAUAAGCACUUUCUUUUAUUCUUUUAUUCUGCUCCCUGUUAUUUUCUUUCUAUAUUAUUGUCGUGGUUGCUGCUGCUAUUUUUAUUAAUUUUUUUUAAAAUUUUCCUCUUUUCUUUUUUCUUUUCUUCUUCAUUUCUCUUUUUCUUUCUUUUCGCAUUUAUAAAUCUUUUUUUCUUUUAUCUUUCUUUUUUAUUUCUUUUCUACUUUUCUCUUUCUACCUUUUCAUUCUGUAUUUUAUUCUUUUCUCUAUCUCUUCCUUUUUUUCUUUCUUUUCUCUUUUUCAUUAUUUUCAUUUCUACUUUUUCUUUUCUGUUUCAAUUUCUUUUUUUCCUCUUUCUUUUUUUCCUCAUUCUUUUUUACCUUCUUUUCUUCUUUUUCUCUUUUUUCUUUCUUUCUGUCCUUCAUUUUUACCAUAUUUAUGCUUUUCCCAUUCUAAUCAACUCUGCUAAGUACCAGCCUGGGGUACUCUGUAUUAAAGAAACUAAACUGCCUCUUUCUUUUCAAUCCACAAAAAAACUUGUUGCGCAGCCAAAUCUCCCUUUCUAUCCUCACCUUUUUUUUUGUCCUCUUUCUUUUUCCCGUUCUUUUCAUUUUUUCCCAUCUAUUACAUCUCCUACUCCCUCUUCUUCUUAUACCUCCUCCUCCCGCUCUUCAAACCCAUCAGACAACAAUUACUCAUGA